AUGGCAGGAAUUCCUAGAGUGAUUUUAUUGGUGGAUGGCUCACGGUCAGCAACAACAAGUCGUUUACUGAUGAAGUACUCAUCGAGGGUUUCUACUACUGUGAAGCUUCGACUGAUGUUGGAACAACAGCCAGAGCACAUUUAUGUUGAAAAGGGUGGCAAUGCAACUCUUUAUGGCAUUAGUGGUCAUGCUAACAGCAUACACACGUGGAUACGAAACAAAACAGAGCUUGAAGUGAACAACAACAACAAACUGUCAAUCAUUUCACCUGGAGUACUGCAGAUAUAUGAUGUUGCAGAGAGUGAUAGUGGCCACUAUGAUUGCAGGAUACGUUUGCCUAGGACAAUCAGUUUGUCAACGUUUUUGCAAGUUUAUGCUAUUCCUACUGUUGUAUUGAUGAUGAUCGAGAUUAGCAGUAAAGCAGAGACAACGAUAUGCAGGACUGUCGGAUCUUCGACAACUAAGUGCACUCUCCCACACUCUAACUCGGCUGUUUCUCUAAUAUUGCUGUGUACUACAACUGGACUGCCUCAUUCUGUAAUACAGUUGGUCCAAGAUUUCGAGUUGAUUUAUCGGGAUAAUUCAACAUACUCACUGCUUCGUGUAGUCAAGAAUCCUCUCUUGGGUAUAUAUCAAUGCAUAGCAACUAACGACUUUGGGAGUCGGCAAGCCUCAUUAUAUCUUGAAUUGAAAGAAACCUCAAUCACUGAAAAGCCCACACUCAUGACAUCAUUACUACCUACUACUGUUAUGACUGCACCCAUUUCGUCAGAUAUUAGCUCAUCUUCUCUCAUUCCUACAAAAAGUGAAAGCAUUGUACAGACAGAAUUGUCCGAUACAAUCAGAUUCAAGGUUGCAACUGCAGUAGUAUCAGCAGUGGUCUUUAUAUUGUUCCUCGUCAUAGUAGCUUUGCUCAUAUAUAUUCAGAGAAAGCAUCAAAAUCUGACUACCGCGUCACCCACCACGACGUCGUCGGUGUCAUCCACUUCUACUGCAACUGUUUCUCGUAAUGGUGAUGGGAUGUCGAGUGGGAUGCUCUACGUUUCGACCGAAUCUGUGCCUUCACGUUUAGCUACUUCAAGAUCAUCUGGCAGUAAUACUACACCGUCGGGUGAAUUAACAAAUGACAUAAAUAAUUCAGAUCUACGUGUCAACAACACAACAGAGAGAAACGUAUCGUCGGUAUUGCCUUCAUUGCUGCAGACCGAAUUGAUGACAAACGUAUUGACAUCGAGUGCCACCUCCAAUGUGACUGAUCAAGGUCGAGUUAUGAGUGACGGUCUAGCUGUAGAAAGUGUCGUUGGUUUGUCUGUGGGAGGAGGCAUUGUUGUCUUACUGUUGGCGAUCUUGGUUGUUGUGUUAUGUCACAAACAAAAACGUUCAUCCAAAUGUGAGGCAAGCAAUGUAUCAGUGGAAAGUAAUAUGACGGUAUAUGGCAAUGAACCUGGUAUCGUGAAUAGUCGUCUGCCAGUUGAAGAACAACGAGAAAGCAAUUUGUAUGAAACCGUCGAUAAGCCGGCUCUUCUGGUUUGCUCUGCUAAUUGGGAUUCAUCGACUAGACGAGACGACAGUGCAAGAGGUGAGACCGACGACGUGCAGGACGAUAUGAGGGAAGAAAUGCUAGCAAGUUAUGAGUCUGAGACAAAUCAAUAUGACGUGAUACAUCGGGAAACGGGCGAGUUACCUAUCUAUGACCGUUGUGAUCCACACGAUCAAUACGACGUUCUUCAACGAGACAUCGAUGGAGUGUAUUUAGAAAGCGGGAUAAAGACGGACGAUGAGUACGACGUGCUCAACAGGCAGACAGAUGAAUUACCGAUCACGACGAGCAGAAAGGGAUUCGAAAAUUAUGCCACGUUGAACGACACCCGUUGCCGAUCGAGCAGUGAAAAUGUUGGGUAUUAUGAAGUUGAAAGACAAAGAGAAGGAUCGGGUUCGUUACUUUCUGAUAGUAAAGAUGAAAACCCGUACGAGGUACCGUUCGAAUUGAAAGAGAGAAGUUUGGCUAGUGGGCGCCAUUUUCUAACUUUUGAGUCGGAGGGAAGAGAUAAAGACACUCUGUUUGCAAAGCAUCUUGCGCAUUGUCCUGACAACGCUGACAAUCCUCGAGAAAGUUUGUAUGCGACGGCAGAAAGUGGAGAACAUGCUGGAGUCUCUUUCCAAAUGUCAGAAGAAUACUCAUAUGUUAUACCAGACGUCAAACGAUCUUUACUCAUUUCGCAUGACGUGAUGGUAGUAGGAAAGACGGUCACAUCAAAGCCAGAACGUAACAAUAUGUCGUGUAAAACAACCAAUUAUAAGGAGAAAGACUCGCAAUGCCUACCAAAUGGUAUCAGCACGUCUACAAUAUCAGACGAACAACCACCAGCUCUACCUCCUUUGAACGACGAAUAUUGUUGUAUUCCUGUUAGCAUAAUGAAGCCAAGACCUACUUUUGCAAACAAACCAACAAAGCUAGACAACGAUCCUUCGCUUUACACUAAACGACAGACACACGAUGAGAGAGUCACAGCAGACAAACGUACUGCAGUACAACUUGGUUUUGCUUCAUCAGGAUGUCAGCAAGCCACAGAAGACGACUAUGAAAUUCCUACCAAACUACCAGUAGUAGAUCUAGAACCUGUUUUACAAGACAAGGCAAAGUCGAACGUUCUGCUAAUUUCUACAAUACCACAGAGUGUGACAGUCGUUGACAGCGAGCACGCUUUGUCACAAGAGAGAAAACGAGAUGAGUAUGCUAACGUGCAACAACCACAGGGUAGUCAGACGCAAGAGGAUGACUACGAGGUGCCCGUCAUAGCUCAGAAUCGCUUACAGAAUUUCGAAAAAAAUUACGACAAUAUAACGCAAGAUGCAGUUGAUUGUGUAGAAACGAGCACAACGGAAUAACAGAUUUGACUUCCGCGCUAUAGAGUAAAGAAAGAUAUACGACAUGAAGCUCAGAAGAGUUUUACCUAGAGGGGUUAGUUUAACCCUUAGACAUCACAUUACUGUGUCUUUGUU